UCAGGGAAGAACUUGCUCAGAAGUAACUAGGUGAGCGCACCAUCAGUUGGUGUGCUUGAUGCUGUGUGAAAGUUAUCGACAACACAGUUAACUGGAUGAAGAAACUGCCUGGUCAGCAGCAGGUGUUUCGUGCGAAAUUCUCAGCCAUCAGUGCCUCUGACAUUCGGGCAGCAAUGAACAAUCUUGGUCAACCAAACAAGAAUGAGGCGCUGGCUGUUGAUGCACGACAGGAGAUUGAUUUGAAGGUUGGUGUUGCUUUUACGCGUUUUCAAACACGUUACUUCCAAGGGAAAUACGGCAACCUCGACUCCAGCGUGAUAUCGUAUGGGCCCUGUCAAACACCCACACUUGGGUUCUGCGUGCAGCGCCAUCAAGAGAUAUCUAUGUUCACGCCCGAAUCAUUUUGGGUUGUACGGCCAUACAUCCAGAAGUCAGGAUUUCGAGUAGAGCUGGAGUGGGAGCGAGGACGGGUGUUCGACAAAGAGGUAGCAAUGAUGUUUCACAAACUUGUGAUUGAUGGAGGCGCUGCCAAAGUUGUUGACAUUGUGAAAAAAGAUGACAGGCGUCCACGUCCUCAGGGCCUGAACACGGUGGAGUUGCUGAAGGUGACUUUCAGAUAACCUGCUUUCCACUAUCUUGUCUCCUUGCCUGUUGUCAUUGCAAAUGCUGCCGUGUUUCCUUUGUGUUUGCCUGUUACAUGC